UCGCCCGGUGCUCACGGCUAGUCGUUUACGCCCGACAUUGCGUUAUACGACGCCACUCCUUAGCUAUUAUUUGAUUACAUACUGUUAUAAAACGCUAAACGUGUCCAAUAUAUCCAUAUAACAGAGAUCUCACCAUAAAGCUGCUCAUCAUAAAUAAUAAUAUUAUUUUUAAAGUGAAUGCUACCAACAACUAUCAUGAUGAUAGACGAUAAUUGAACACUACCAAAUUACUUGGUUUUAUUAAAAAAAAAAAAUUGUCGAGUGACGAAUAUUAAUAACGAAAUGGGGAAACUCCAUUAAGCGUAGAGGGCUAACGGGCUCUUAAAAGCACAUUCAAUCUAUCAAUGCUAAAUUACAGACUAGUGUCAACACAUUUCUUGAAGCAACCGUAAAUUUUGAACUCGAAAAAUUAUAUUGACUGUUCGCGUGGUGCCAAUAUGUGCCGGGAUCGUGACAUGUCGGCGCAAAGGAGUGAUAUCAUCAAAUAAAACUAUAUCGUAUAAAUAAUAAAACCCAUUAGACAUUAAUAGAUAGUUCAGUGUCAAGUUCUCCGUCAAGACGGCGCGCGAAUUCGCACCGCCGUUUCGUUUUGUUUCUUUCAUUUUGUUUUACAUAAAAGGAUAAGCAAUAAACCGGUUACACAGUGUUUGUUUGUGGAUUCCCGGGGGAUUAGCCGCUAAGCGGGCCCCACUAGCGCUAACCUGGCCAGCCGCAGUCGGGACAACAUUUCCAGGAUAUUGAACUCCAUAGUUGGCGCUGUAAGAUACUGUAUUAAUCCUCACAUUGACGGUCGAAAGCUUUCGGGGGAUUUAUUUUGAAGUCUAAAGUUUUAAGUCAGAAGCGAACAUGGUACAAUUGGAAAUCGAGCAGGGUUACGGGCACGAAAGAGAGUGUCCGUCCGAGCAGCGGAUUGUAAUAUCUGGGCACGGGUGGCGUACACAGUGCUGCGAGCGAGACGAGCGACCGGAGAAAGAGACAGAAGCAAUGGCUGCGCCAGAGUGUGAGCGGGAGGCGCGCAAGCGGCGCGAACGCCGCGAUUCCGGUGGCGUCCACGAGAGGAAAGAAAGGAGGUCCCGCAGUGAAGAACGUCUACCCCCACCACCUCCACCGCCGCCACUACAGGACUACAACCGACUUGAGUCGGAGCGUCGUGCUGAGCGGUUGUCCCGAGCACGUCAUCCACAAUUCGGCAUGAAGCGUCGACGUGCGACGAAGCCACAUAAGAAUCCAAAAGAAAACGAUGGCUUCACAAUCACCGAUGAAACAAACAAUAUUCAAUUAGAAUUCGCCUGUUCUGAUCUACGGAAUCGUCAAAUCAGCGAUGAACCUGAGACUCUGGACGUUGCGGCGCUGCAGCGUCAGGUCGGAAGAGUGGCGAGUGUCGAUAGCACCGAUGGCGACGUCGUUUUGGCUGUCGUCGAGCGUGUUCGGCGCGAUGAGCGCAGCGCUGCAGCCAGACCGAAACCGCGCCGCGAUCAAAUUUGUCCGGAGACGAGACUAACGAAAAUUCACAGAAAAAUGAACGCCCUAAAGAAGAGCAUCGCAAAGUACGAAAGCGAAUAUGAAGCGAACAAUGGCCAUGCACUGACACCAAGCGAUCGGAUUACUGAUAUUCAAUUGACAAGAAUGUAUGAGAAAAUACGUAAAUUACAAACAGAGAAACGAUUGAUCAGAGCAGAUCCAGUAGAAUAUACCAUAAAACUUCAUGCGGCCAAACAACAGAAGGAGAGAGAUCAAAAGCUCAGUAUCGCCUUGAAGAGUGACAAACCUAUGGCUGAACUUGUUCUGGAUAUUGAAGAGUGGCUUGAAGGCAGUCGUCAAGCAUCCGGCCGUUCUGGGUUACCAGAAUCCAGCUGGUCUCCCGAGGAAUGGGCUGCAGAGAAGCAUUGUAUACAGCGAGCAUUGUGCCGUCUGGAGACUGCUAGGGGCAGACCAGCAGCUAACACUCCAGACCGCGACGCGGCUAGACCUCUAUACGACAGAUAUAGAGACGUCAAGAAAUGUGUCUCCAAUUUGAGAUCUGACGCAGCAAAAGGAGCUAAUGGUGAGCUCGCAACCAUACACGAGCAUGAGGCGAUGUUAUUCAGUGUUGAUAGCUCCAGUGACUCGCAAGAGAAACCAUCAGAUUCUUCACAGGAGACUGUAGAAACGCCCCUGCAGUCACCUCCGAACCGUGAGGGUACUGGUAUCGUGAGUGGAGAGGAUAGGCCGUCCUCAACUUCGUCCGCACAGUCCGGGGAGGAGCCUGGCCCUUCAAACGAGGGGCUACAUUGUCUCGGCCUCGAUGACCUCGCCAAGGCACUUACAGAGGCCAAAAUGCAGAAAGGUGUGCUCCGUCGCAGCAUCAAGGAGUACGAAUUAAGUUUCGAAGUGCAAAAUUGUAGAAAAGUUCAAAGGGACGACAAGAAGGGCCGCGAGGAGGAAUAUCUUCGGUACAAAGCCGUUAAAGCCAGGAUUAAGUUGUUAAACGCCCUUAUUGAUAAACAAAAGCGUUUGGCUUAAGCACCUUUGUAAACUCUUUGAUCAUAUUAGCUUGCUUUAAUCUUGUAAUCUUGUUUUGAUUAUAAAUCAACAGUUGUAUGGUAGAGAGACUUAAUCACACAGUCCAGAAAAUAUUGUAUAAUAUGACUGUAUAAAUAUAAUAUACAUUAGUCUUUAGUAUUGUUUAGUAUGCAAUAUAACAAGGAAACCUAAUGAGAUAAAAAUGAAUAUAUAAAGAAUGCAUUAAUUUUUCUAGGUUAAUUAUGAAAAAAAAUUAAUCUAAAAUUACAUAAAACAUCAGUGACGAAAUUAAAGAUCUAAAUUUUCGUAGUAUUUUUUCUCUUUUUAGUAACUGUAGUUUUAAAGGUGUUUAAGGCAAAAAAAUGUAUCGUUGCUUAAAAAUUGCGCUCGUAGUUAGCUCCAGAAAUUAAGGCAAGUCUUAUCGAUGACUUCCUAACAUUCACUGAAAGUUAUUAAACUAAAAACUAACGUCAUCCAUUACUGAGACUGUAAAUAAUAUAUCUGAUAUGAAUUUGUAUUACCUAUUGAAGCCAUUUAUGUCACAAACGAAAUGUAGGCAAACAUUGCGAAAUAUAAUUUAUUAUUUGAAAAUUGUAUAGUGCCAAAAUGUUUUUCUAUACAAUUUUAUGAACUUAUUAGUGGAUUUAUAUUUAUACCAGUGUCACAACUAUAUAUCAGAUUAUCAGUUAUAUCUAAGUAUAAUAAAUAAUAAAGCAAUUUUAUUAAAUGAUUUUUAGGUUAUACCUACAUAUGUAAUGACGCCCCAUUAUACUCUGUACGUAAUAGUAUGGUGUGGGUAACAGGCCACUAAAACAACAGAUUAGAAAAAAAAUUCGUAUUACUAAAAAGUAACAUGGAUUGCAAAACAUUUAAUUAUGAGAAUCAACAAUGACUUUGACUUGAAAUAUCUCGCUCUUUUGAGAAACUUAUCUUUUGUCAGAGUCUUUGUAAAGACUGUCAAAAUAUUGCAUUUCUCUAUACCUUAGCGUUGUUGAAAAUCAAAAAUUUUUGAUUUUUUCUAAGUCGGUUUAAUAUAAUAAAGUCAGUUUACAUCAUUAUGACUAAAGCGUUUGUUUGUUUAAAAAAUUGCAUUGUACUUGCUGAAAAGAAAAGUUGUCAGUUCUCUUUAUACAGUGGCGACUGUUUUUAUUUAAAGUUGCUAGUUGUCAUAAAUAUUUUAAAACCUAUAAACAGUGCAAGGUGAUAACUAUUUGAAUAAUGUAAAAAGUCUUACACUACGUAGUAAGAUAGAUAGCACCUCCUACCUUUGAGUGAACUUUUCAUUCUUCUUCGACCACUACGUAUUGUUGGUUUAGAUCAGCACGAAAAUAAUGCACGUGCGUUUAAAUAAAAUUUAGUCCUUGUUGUGGAGUUCCGGGUGCAAUAUGUGAGAUCUGACCUACUGACAUGAAUGUAUGUAGGUAUAUUAUAUUUAUUCGCUAAAUCGAAUGAAUAUUAUUGUAAUAAUAAUAUCUAUUGUUAAGAUAACUUUACAUUGGAUUAAUGUCGGUGCCGAGAAUUGACACGUACAGUCAGUGGACUGAGUCCAAAAAUAUCUGGCGGGAAUUUUUGAGUCAAUGUUGACUGGCGAUAUCCACUGCACUGAUGAAUCGAUUUACACCGUUGCAGAGCGAGUCAGCAUUGAUUUUAUCUCGAGUAUCGAGUAACUGACUCAAUGUAAGCCUGUACACAGGAAUGACACGAAUUACGCUUUCAAAUAAAAUGUUUUUAAUUACAAAUGUUCAUUCAGAUAAAAUUGUGUGAACAACAUAUUUACCGUUCAGGUAUAUUUACAUUGGGUCAGUUACAUAUGUGAAUAUAGUGCUGAAAAUGUACUUAUAUGUACACUCAGUCAAAUUGACUUCUAAUGAGAAUUUUAAACAUGAUAAUGACACGACAGUGCUGCCAGUGCAGCUUUGUUGCAGGAUAUGGUUCGAAGAUCGUAUUUAAAAUAAAUUUAUACCAUGUCAGUGGCAGGUUAGACAGUAGUGACCUGUCUAGAGUUUGAGAGUUUGAAGUCAGCAAGUGAUCAAUGUAAACCAGCAAUUAGGAGGGAAUUAUACUUGUUGCUACAAUACGUCGGCUAUUAUAUGUAACAUCGUACUUAGAAAGAUCGUAGAUUUGUAAAAUUAUAUGAUAUGAUAACAUCGUAUUAUUGUUAAAUUAUAUCAUUGUAACGAUAUAAUAAAUUAACUAUGACAAUUUACUAUUUUAAGGACAAUGCGUGUAAAGAAAUAUGGCGGCUAACUAAUAAUUAAUUACUUUAGCUAUUCGUUCUGUUCUUGUUUUUUUUUUUUCAUGAAAUCUCUGUUAAUAAUAUAGAUCACACGUUAUUUAAGAUUUUAAAUUUAUUAGAAAAAUCAUCGUUUGUUAUUUUUCGAUGCAUUUUUACAGUCAACUCUCUGAUCACCGACUUUUAAGUAGCUGAACUUAGUGUAAUAUGCACUACCGCAGAAUCUUUAUAUACAGUUGAAUGUAUACAGUAAAUUAUAUAUAUUUUCUGUAGGAUUAUUGGCAUCAUUAGAUUACGACUUUACUAACUGCAUUUUUUCUUGAGGCUUUGCGGUUUAUUGUCCAAAAACGUGAAAUUCUCCUUUGAGUAUGUUUUUUAUCCAUACCUUCAUGUUAACUUCAGCCUGGCUUACAUUAUGAAAGUAGUUCCGUGCUGCUUGCAUUAAACUAGUAUCGUAAAUUUAAAUUAACUUUAUAGAACUAGUUUCGAAAAGUUGUUUAGUUUUUUUAUUGAUAUCCAGUAUUGCUAAAAUUAUGGUCCAACAAAAUAAAAAAAUUGCGAUAUUUAAACGAUGAAACUAGUUUCUUGACAUUAUGUUAAUAAUCUAAAUCAAGCUUAAGAGUAUACAGUAAAUAAUGAACUAUGAGUAGCUUGUCCUUUCUACAGAACAUACUUUGUUAAAAAUAAUUCCGAGAUUAUCUCUUGUUUGGGCAGGCCCAUAUGGAAAAAUGAGUCUUUUAUGUAGUGUUUGGACCCUUUCUUUCAAAUCAAGAAUUUUGUAUAAAAGAAAAAGAACACAUCAAUGGCUAAAGUAGAUUUAUUGGACGUUUGACGAGUUGAUGAUGAAUAAGAUGAUUAGAUUACAUCUAGGAAUUUCUGUAAUCGCAAUAAAAUGUUGUCUUGAGACUUUUCUAGUAUCGUUAUUGGGAGAUUAGUCUGAUAUGUAAAUAAGUACAAAAUCAAUAAAGCAAUUGAUAAAUUGAAACUAUUUAAUAAUAUAUUAAGUAACUAACUUGAAUACAGUUGUUCAAUAUUGGAAACUGUCAACUGUAUGAAUAAACAUCAACAAGUUUCUGAUGAUACAGAUAUCCAGAGGUAUUUAUGAAAAUAAAACGAUUCAUGACGGCAUUGCUUGAUAAAUCGUAACUUUAAAGAGCUUAUAAUACAAACGGGAUCAUGAACACGAAAUGCUAUAGAUAGUAUCCCAUAAAGUCGGUUGUGUGCUGCAUAAUAUACGCAGGCAGCAUUUUCAAUACACCAAAAUAUUGAAACACUAAAAGUUAUGUAUCGAUAUACGACACAGUAAAGUCCGACUUAUAAGGUAAGGACAAUAAAUUUAGGUUACAAAAUGAACGUGCUCGGCUCACAAGGCUGCUAGCGAAGUGCUAAAUCAAUAAGUAAUUUAAUAUAUCUUUAUUAGAUAUUAAAAUCAUUACUAUUAAAAAUGCUUGUAAUUAAAUUUACUUAACUAAAAAAUAUUCUUAUUAAAAAAAAAAUGCUCAUCGCUAGUAGUCUGUCAAGCAAUCAUGGACAAGACCCUACGACCAAUAAGACAAAAUACAGAGACAGGUCCUUUAUUUGAUUAAUAAAUGUUAUAAUGAAAUAUUUGUAACCGGCUCGAUAUUAUUGAAUUCUUAAUUGUUAUGUGUAUGUAGUCACACUAUAUUCGUUCUACUUUAUAUGUUGCAUGUAUUCCUUUUAUAUUUUAUGUGUAUGUUAAUUUAUACUCUUUUAUUAUAUUGUAGGUAAGUGGGUCUUAUAGAAUAUGACCUUUCUCUGAAAGAGAUUAACAUUAUACAAAUUAAUUAGGCGAUUAAUGGUGAUAUAGUGUUUACUCACUGUGAUUUUAUUCUAAUCAUUCUUGUGUGACAAGAAAUUGAAAAUGUUUUGUUACUGUUGUGUAGACGUUAUGUACCUUUCAUUACCGUCUGCAAUUUUGUUCUUUUACAGAAUUGACUCUUGAGUAAUAUGUCUGUUUACGAUAUUAUCUAUCCUGAAUUAUAAAUUUAUAAUUCUCGCCUUCACCGAAUUGUAUACUGGUGAAUGUGCACUAAUAAAUGAAAUGAAUGUUAA